UGUUUUGCAAAACUAAGGAAAUCACAUUGACUCACUUCCAGCCUUUGUUUGUUGCCCUCUCCAACUGUCUUGGCUGCUGUGUCUUUGCAAACUUCUGCUUUUAACUUCCUUACUGUGGAACGAGGAGCCCUGAAGCUCAGCAGGGUCUAUGUGUAUAAUACAGGAGCUGCCCUUCACAGGAAACCACAACCACCUAUACUUACUAACACUUACAUGCAUUUGAGGUCCCACCUUGCACGCUGUAGGUUUGUGUCUAAAAGGCCAAGGUUGUUGAACGUGUUUGCCAUUAUGGAUUGAUUCACAGCAUGUUCUUUGAACGCGCUGUUUCUGACUUUAAGUGACGGGGUUUUUGCUUUUUAAAUCCUUGCAGCCAAACUGUAUCACUGGUGGGCUGAACUUCUGAGAAACAAAAGGGGAAAAUGUUCAGAAAGACUCCAGAGAAAUUGACUAGAAUCUCAUCAGUGCUAGUUGAGAGCUCCGCUGUGCUGCUGCUACUGCUGAUGAAAAGGCAUUUUACUCCUUCAGGAAAUCUUCACCUGCUUCCACAUGAGCAGGACCUGAACGUAGUUUCUGAAUAAUAAAUCUUCUCUGCAAUCAUCUUCCCUCAUUAUGUAUAAUGUAACAGAAACAAAAUCACAUUUUGAUAUUUAAGAUUUUUACCGCUGCAGCCUAAUAAGAUAGAAAACAAAAGCUGCAUUUUUAUCCCUGAGUAACAUGAGGUUUGAGUGUGUCAUUUAAAAACUAUCACACCCUGGAGUUAAGAAUUACUCAUGCGUUGCAACUAAAUCAGUGCACUAAUAUGUGAAGACCAUAUUAAGACAAAGUUUUUGCUUCUUCGGGUCAUAUUUUGAGCCUCGGUGUUGGUAAAAGUGACUUAAAGUAAACAAAAUAACUCACAUUGGCAAAAAAGGGCUGCUUCUGUUUUACUUCACAGUCAGAAAACAUCUGAACAUGUGGGAGGGGAAAGUUUAUUCUGAAAUGUCAGCAUCACAGGAACAAGCCGCUAGUCACAGGGGCAAGAAGUUACUGGGCACGACAUGUGCUCAAACCCGCUCUGUGGCUGCACACAUUUUAAACUGGAAAGUAGUGGUGAUGUUCAGUUGAACCUUAAACCUUUUCACUUUUUCUCAACUCACAGCCACAAAGUUCAGCGUAAUUUAUCAGGACUUGAGGUCUGUGUUCACAAUCAGUGAACGCUCUGAAAAUGACUCGAUUCUUCUUGACUUUUUCACCGUUGCAGCUUUUACAUGUGACCAAACUCGUAUCGUUUAAUACCUCAGUGGAUUGUUUUCUGCUACAUCGUUAAAAAUAAUAGUAAUUUCAGAAAUUUUAAUCGAUAUCAACCUACACAAAUCCGUCCACUGCGACUAUUGUUAACCGUUUACGUCCAGUCAUGACCUGGUGAACCGGUCUGUCAGUCAAACCUUUCUAAAGGUAGAGCGGAAGAGGACGGUGGUGGAUUAUCAGUUUUGCUAAGGUCGAUAAAAUCAUUGGAUAAGAUCGGCUUCACAUAUUGGUCGAUCACCGAUCUCCCAAAAUGAAGGAAAUCAGCGCCAACAAAUUGAUGUUUAGAGAUUUAAGAGGCCAAAACGUAUUUAUUCUCCCAGAUAUCAAGCUAAACUGUGAACAGACCUCAAACUUCACAAACUCAAACGUAAUCUAAAUGUAGAACUUGCUACCAUUUUCAUCUGUAGAUAGAUUUUUUUUAACCUAUUCUCUACAAAAACAGCAAAAGCUCAGUCAGACUACAUAGAACAUCAAUUUUCAAGUUUUACCAUAAAUUCCUAUUUAGGUCUGAUCUUUGACUGGGUCAUCCUAAAACAUCAAUAUGGUUUUUCUUUACCUUCCAUUGUGUGUACCAAAUAUUUGUCAUGCUGGAAAGGUGCAUAGCAUCUCUGCCUUUGUUCCAUUAUUGAUCUGUAUUUAACUCCAUUCAUAUUCCCCAGUUUCUCUGUGGGGAUGAUGCAUUUAGGGUGAAGUAUUUUCUGACACAAAUAGCAUUUUUGCUUGCAGGCAAAAAAGUUCAAAUCUGAUCUCAUUUCUUCAGAGCAACGUCCUGCACAUGUUGUGUCCCUUACAUGUCCUGUGGACUCAUCAUGGCUUUUCUCACAUCAUUCCAUAAAGGCAACAUUUUUAAAGUUCAUGACUAAGACAUAUCGUGACAGCAGAUUUUCACACCUUUGCUGUGAAUCUCUGCGGCUCCUAUGGAGUUACCUUGAACUUCCUGGCUGUUUCUGCGAUAAGUUCUCUACUUAUCCAGUCUGUAAGUUUACGGUUUGGCUUUGCAGUUGUGAUAUAAUCUUUCCAUUUUAUAAACAAAGAGGUAACAGGGUUAAAACCAAAUGCAAGCCACAUUUCCAAAUUUUUAUUUGAAAAACAAUAAAAUAAAAUCCAUAGUUUCUGUCCUUAUUCAUAAUUACGAUCUGAUUCAUGUCAAUCAUGUCUAUUAUCCAACAAAAUAUCCAGAGAUUUCCAAUUUUAUUGUAACAAAGGCCCAACACUGUUGUUUGAGAGCCAUUAUAUAUACACUGCUCAAAAAAAUAAAGGGAACAUUCAAAUAACACAUCCUAGAUCUGAAUGAAUGAAAUAAAUAUAAAAAUAAUUUCCACCUGUUGUCUAUUCCAUUUGCACAACAGCAGGUGAUAUUGAUUGUCAAUCAGUGUUGCUUUCUGAGUGGACAGUUUGAUUUCACAGAAGUUUGAUUUACUUGGAGUUAUACUGUAUUGUUUGAGUGUUCCCUUUAUUUUAUUUUUUUGAGCAGUAUAUAAAAAAAAAAAAAAAUUCUUAAUAGAGUUAAUUAUCCAGGAGUGAUAUAAAUGUUUUUAUGUAUUUAGUUUUUCAUUUAAUUUUGUACAUUUAUUUAUUUGCUGGGUUUCACGUUUAUGUCUUGAUUGCAGAAAAUAACUGUAUGCCUCAGUGUGACCUGAUGACCUGAACAUGAUUCACGGGGGAAUGGCUGACAUUUCUCAAGAGGGGGCGCUACUUUUGCAUAGAAAAGUAUGCAAAAUGAUCAGCCACUUCCAACAUUGAAAUCCAAAUAAUUCAUGAUUUCUUCAGGCUCAGGAAUCUAGUGACACUCAGUGCAGUGUAUGUUUUCCUCUUCCCAAUACAAAAGCCAGUAUUAACUUGUCUCUGCUUGUGGAGACAAGUUAAUACUCGCUAAUUACUUUGACUUUAUUCCCUGAAGCUGAACUUUGGACUUUUAUUGAUGUCUUCACACGGUUAGUGAACAAUUAGCUAUUGAGAUAUUUAUCAAUGCAGUCUGUUCGAGCCAAACAUUUUUAAAAAAAGGUUUUUCUGAUCAGAAUCACAUUCAGAAGCCUUCAUUUCCAGGAAAAUUAAUCAGAUGCUGCAGUUUUUCUGUAACGAGCUGCAGAUUGCUGAGAGGACCAUUUACUUCAAGGUGCAACGCGUUUUAACCCGACCAGACUUAGAAACACACACACAUACAGUUGCCACUGUACUCUCACUAACCUCAUUAUAGUUAUUCGCAUCAGUUCAGUGAAUGUGGGUUAGUCUCUCUGCUCAUUUCCUCCCUCCAGAUUCAUCUCAGUGCAAGGAAAUGCCUCAGGUUUGAGUUCAGAUGACCCGCCCUCAUGAGCAGCACACACACGCUGCCUGCUGCAAGUUCAGCUCCGCUCUGUAAGUCACUCUGGAAAAGCUAUGAAGGACAUACUGGUGCUGCUGCUUCUGCUGACUCUCCGAGCUGUCAAGGUUCGCUCGAUCCCCUAUCAGCCUGACUCCAACGGAAAUUGCCGCAACCUGACAACAGAGUACUUGCACGAUGGUAUUAACUUGUGCUGCAAGAAAUGCCCCCCUGGGCAAAGACUGAGGCAAGAGUGCUCUAGAAACUCCGACUCAGAGUGUGAACCAUGUGGAUCAGACCAGUACAUCGAGACAUGGAACUACACCCCAAACUGCUUGUCCUGCAGCAAGUGCAAAGACAAAAAAGGUCUUGUGAAUCACCAGAGCUGCUCCGCAACUAGAAACGCCAAGUGUGUUUGCAAACCUGGGAUGUUCUGUGAGAUGGGGUUUGAUAACCCAUUCUGCACAGACUGCAGGCAGUAUAGAGUUUGCAAAGCUGGAUUUAGAGUUUCUGUGCCAGGCACGCUGAACUCUGAUGUGAAGUGUGAGAAAUGCCCCACAAAUCCCUGUCCGCUUCGUACAACAGUACAAACGGUAACGACUACAGUUACAGUAAACGCCACAACGUCACGAGGCCCACAGCAGACGAUGCGGCCUCACCUAACUAUGGGAUUCAAAGGCCCUAAACCAGAACAACCCAUCAGCGAAAUGGUUGCGGUCAUUGCUGGUGCCUCUGGAUUCCUUUUGUUUCUUAUCAUCGUCUUCCUCCUGCUGAUACUUUGCAAACGAAAGAAAACUAGAGAUUCUGGAUACUUAUCACCUAAAGUAGAUGCAAAUGGAAACUGUGAGGCAGCAGAACAGAAAUUUUCUCAGAUGAUUUCAUCCGAACUUACCUCACCGGAGCAAAUGUGUCUGCUGGAGAAAGGGGAAGUCACCAGUGACCACAGUGUGAGCAGCAGUGAUACCGAAACUUCAACCAGGGCGGAUGAUUUCAGCAGCCAUGAGUACCCCAAGCCUCUACAACCAACUUUAGGUUUUGACAAUCCAGCGUCUCUCCUGUCGGAGCCCAUGACCUUACAGUCCGUCCCCUUCACUCCUCAACGCAGCAUCAGCACACAGAGCUCCUCUCAGCCCACCAGCCCGCAGAUCGUCAGCCCCGUAACGAACAGUCCCCACGUCAACGUCAACAUCACUUUGCAUAUAGGAAAUGGUUCCUGUGGGACGCCGUCUUUUCAGCCGGGAGACUUUAACCAAGUGGAGCAUCAACUUCCCUUUGGACAGGAAGAGGAGUCCGUCAGCGCUCCUCAGCAAGAGGCAGGCAAACUGUCGUUUAUGUCAGUCGAGGAGAGUCCCAGCUAUUGCACAUGAAAACCUCUGUCCCUUCUGAACAUUGUUUUUAACAUUACUGUAAAAGGCUUUGACUGAAAGAAUGUGCAGCAAAAACCCAGUGCUUUGUUUUGUCUUCAGCUGUUACUUUAUGGGUAUGUGUAUAUAUUGUUUGUUGUUGUACAUAAAUGUUCAAAAUAUAGAUUUAUUUAACUUUUUUUUUCUUUUUUACAUAUGUUUCUGGUUUGUACAGUGGACAUAAAAUAAAAGGGCAUUCAAGUGA